AUGCUCUGUACAUCACAUGAUUAAUUUAUACAUCAACUUGUCAAUAUGGACGACAGCUCAGACGUCAAAACAGAAUUAUUUCCUUUUGAUCAAAUCCCAUACGUAUAAACAAAAUGUAGCUUCUUUUAGCAAACUCAAUUAUAUAUUUCGUAGCUGAUUGAAAAUUUUAAAGAUGGCUGAGAUAGCCGAAACGGUGUAUGGAACAAACGAGGAGGGCCAUGUCAUGUCAGAAAAGGUUUCAGCGCUUGCCACGAAUGUUUACAAAGAAUUUGAAAGGAUGAUUAAAAAGUACGACGAAGAUGUAGUCAAAGAGUUAAUGCCAUUAACAGUCGGUCUUCUAGAAGGUUUGGAUCAGGCUCUGCAAGAUAAACAAGAAUCAGAUGUAGAAUUGGAACUUUUGAGAGAUGAUAAUGAGCAGUUGUUGACACAGUAUGAAAGGGAAAAACAGCUGCGAAAAGUGGCAGACCAGAAAUAUUUGGAAAUGGAAGAUUCUGUUGAAGGAGAAAAGAAAGAGCUUCAAGAAAAAAUAGAAAGUUUAGAAUCAAUUGUCAGAAUGUUGGAGCUUAAAGCUAAAAAUUCUUCUGAUCAUGUUUCAAGACUAGAAGAAAAAGAAGCUGAUCUUAAAAAAGAUUACCAGAAACUCCAUGAACGAUACACAGAGUUAUUUAGAACACAUAUGGAUUAUAUGGAAAGAACCAAGAUCUUGUUAGGUACAGAUCGUCCAGAACUGUCAAAUAGCCCAAGAAAUAAGGGAUUCAACUUGCCAAACUUGCGACCAGUAAGUAUGUUUCUGCCUGGUCAGUCAGCCACGACCGUGCGAUCUCUCAGUAGUCCUACUCAAAGUAUAGACAUCAAUUCACCAAGGAGUACAGCAGACUCAACUGUUAGUCUGAAAAGUGAACUGGCAGAUUUGGAAUCUCCAGAAAUAUCCAAAGAGAAGAAAGGAAAAUUAAAUCGUAUAUCUACAUGUGAUAAAGAACAGGUGACAGAUCAUGUGGAGGUCAAGGAGACAUCUACGGGAAUGAGUUUGGAUCAUGCUUUGGCUCAUAUAGUUCAAACCACUCCAGAGUUACAAGAGUUAGAGGAAUCAUCUAGUAGUCAUAAAAGUAAUAAUAGUCUGAAAAAUAUGCAUAGGAACAAUGAUUCUAUAUUUGAUGAAUUAACGUGCCAGGAUGCAGACAUAAUUGGUGAUGUUGAUUUCGGAGCAGAUAUUACAGGUCGGGAAGUUAAUCCUGGUGAUUAUGCCUCGUCAGAUAGUGAAAAUGAAGAUGAUCAGAAUGAACGACGAUCUACUGUCAGUGAUAAUUUCUUUGGUAUGGGAAAAGAAUUGGAGAAUAUUAUUUUAGAAAAUACAGAAUUACUAGAAACCAAGAAUGCUUUAAAUAUAGUGAAGGAUGAUUUAAUUGCCAAAGUAGAUGAGUUAACAGGUGAAUUGGAAAUAUGUCGAGAGGAAUUAUCAUCAUUACACACAGUAAAAACUAAAUUACAAGACAGGAUGAAAUUACAGGAGGAUGAAAUAAAAAAAAUGAAGGAAGAAUUAGAGAAGAAAACAAACUCAGCCAAAGAAGGAGAAGAAGAAGAUGAUGUGCCAAUGGCUCAAAGAAAGAGGUUUACUAGGGUUGAAAUGGCCAGAGUAUUGAUGGAGAGAAACCAAUACAAGGAAAGAUUAAUGGAAUUACAAGAGGCUGUUCGGUGGACAGAGAUGAUCAGAGCAUCUAGAGAACACCCAGAAAUAGCAACAACACAAAAACAGAAAAAGUCAUCCAUUUGGAACUUAUCAGAAUUUUCUAAGAAACUGAAUAGCUUCAGUAACCUGUUCAGUUCCUCCAACAAACCAAACAAGAAGCCGUAUCCAAUGGCAACUGUCAAGUAUAACGCUCCUACUACACAAGUUCAACCUGUAGGGGACCCCAAUAAGAGGACUAGGAAGAGCUACAAUCUUGGGGACAAAGCUAAAGCUUACGACUUCAUGCAGGAUGAAUUAAAACAGAAUCCAGCUGAUGAUGGAUCCAGUAAAAUAGAGUCACUGUUAGAAGAUCCUGUCUUAGCACAUCAACAUACAGUAAUGUCAGAAAAAGCCAAAAAAGAGAGAGAAAAGGAAAGAAUGGAGCAAUACAAACAAGUGAGAGCCCAUGUGAAGAAAGAUGAUGGUCGACUUCAAGCUUAUGGUUGGAGUUUACCUGCCAAACUAACCAGUGUCUCACGAGAUACUCCGUCUAAAAGUCAUGUACCAGUGCCUGUCCCCGUCUACUGUAGACCCCUAGUAGAGAGAGAUGAGGGGCUAAAGAUAUGGUGUGCAGCAGGAGUUAACUUGACUGGUGGAAGGACCAGAGAUGGAGGGUCUAUUGUAGGGGCCAGUGUGUUUUACUCAGACCCUGGAGACUUUGAUCAGGAAACUAAGAAGGAGAUCACCAAAGAUGAUGUGGAAAAAUUGAACCAUGAACUUAAGGAACAUGAGAAGAAUUUGAAGGACUCUGGUAAGGAACAGUUAUCCUCGUAUGUAUGGAUCUGUACCAGUACAUCAACAGAGAGUCGUGUGGUCGUUAUUGAUGCUAAUAGUCCUGGUGAAAUAUUAGAGACAUUCAGAGUAUCAACCGCUUCUAUACUAUGUAUAGCAAGUAUAGCAGGUGCUCUAGAAUCCGACUACCCAGUAGAUGAAGAAAUAUUGAAGGCAGAAUCUUAUCCUCAGUAUAAUCCUCCUCCUAUGGAUAAGGACAACCAGGCCACAGACAGUGGUAUAGGAGACAUCAGCUUUGUACAGUGUGUUAAUACAGGAGGGAAACCAAGCAGUAAACCAACAUCUCCUAUGUCAUCUCCAUUUGGUUCACCUCAAUCUAAAGAAAUUAGUCCAGAACAUCGACCACAGUCUAGAGAAUCUCUAAGAGAUGAGAAGAAUGACUCUGAUCAAAAGGAGAAGAAUGAAACAGAUAGAGAUAGUCUCCUCUCUGAACAAAGUAUAGAAGGUCAGAAUGGCCCAGCAGUAUUUAAAGCUAAAGGUUCUCCUGUGUCAUCAGGUCGUACAACGCCUAUAUCUACAGCCUCUGACAGAUCAUCAGACAGAAAAACUGUGGACGACAGUGACUUGCAGUUUGAGGAGGCUGAUAAAAUGAGUAGUAUUCUACCGACCAUGUGGUUAGCCUCACAGAGUGGCAGUUUAUAUGUUCACUCUGCAGUAUCACAAUGGAGGAGAUGUUUACACUCUGUUAAGUUAGAGGAUGCCGUGUUAAAUAUUGUACAUGUAAAGGGAAGAGUAUUAGUGGCGUUGGCCAAUGGGAAAGUUGCAAUAUUCCAUAGAGCUAUAGAUGGACAAUGGGACCUACAGAACUAUCAUUUGUUAGAUCUUGGUAAACCCCAUCAUUCUAUCCGGUGUAUGUCUGUGAUAGCUAACAACCAUGUGUGGUGUGGAUACAGGAACAAAAUACAUGUAGUUGACCCAGAAUCCAUGUCUAUUAUGAAAACUUUUGAUGCACAUCCAAGAAAAGAAAGUCAAGUGAGACAGUUAGCUUGGUUGGGUGAUGGUGUAUGGGUAUCUAUAAGACUAGACAGUACCUUACGUUUAUACCAUGCCUACACACAUCAACAUCUCCAGGACGUGGACAUAGAACCUUAUGUUAGCAAGAUGUUAGGAACAGGAAAGCUUGGUUUUUCGUUUGUAAGGAUAACAUCAAUGUUGAUCUCAUGUCAGAGACUCUGGAUAGGAACUGGUAAUGGUGUGGUUAUAUCUGUGCCUUUGUCUGAAAGUAACAAACAGACAGUGUCAUCAGCAUCCAGCGGUGGACGACCAGGAGGAAUUAUUCGUGUUUAUAGUGAUAAUAAAACAGACAGUGUUACUCCAGGGAGUUUUAUACCAUAUUGUACAAUGGCCCAGGCUCAGUUGUCAUUCCAUGGACAUCGAGAUGCUGUUAAAUUCUUUGUCUCAGUACCAGGUGCCAAAAGAAAAGGACUAAGUGGAACAGCUGAGGACACCACAACAGAUAGCACUGCCAACAAAAUAUAUCAAGAAGCUACCCCAGCGCCACCUAGCAAUAGUAAACUGGUGUUAUCUGGAGGGGAAGGAUAUGUGGACUUUAGGAUAGGACUUUACCAAGGUGAUGGAGAAGAUGAUGAAAUCCUUCCAGAAGACGAGAAGAAGUUAUCCUUAAGUAAAGGAGAAAGAAGUCAUUUGAUAGUUUGGGAAGUGACUAGCUCAUCGUAAUGUUAAAUGCAUCAGUGGAUAUAUAUGGCAUGGCUUAAUUGUAACAAAGCUACCAAGACGUUAUGUACUUUUAAAAAAACAAUUGAAUAGUGAAGACAAUCUAUGUACCAUGGAGUGGACUGGGACACACGGUUCUGAGCCAGUUUUCCAUUAAAUGCUUGAUAUUUUGUUGCAGGGAUGUGAGAACAGCAUGUUGGCCUUGUUGUGAAAAUACUGUCCCCUGUUAACCCCUAUGUUCAUCAUAAGUCAUAUAGGAUAUUCAUAUAGCCCCCAGUAUUGACACCUGGGACCCUUCUUAUUUGUUAUCCCAUGCAUUCAUUAGUCUUGACCUGUCAGAAAAAAAUCAUUAGUUUCAUUAAGCUGAGUUUUAUUAUCGAUCCUUUUAAUUUGAGUUUGUUUCAGAGUUUAGAAAAAGUUUUAAUAGAUAAAGGAAAUUGAAGAACUUCACUUCCUUUUCACAACCCAAAAUAAAUUCUGAUGAAAUAUUAAAAAUUUCUCUCCCUAAACUUUUCUUAUCCCCACCCCUCCGACAACCCACGCCCUUGAUUAAAAGUUAUGUUCUUCUGCCUGCAGUGAAAAUGAGGUUUACAAAAUGUUUACAUCAUAUUUUAGUCCAACAUUAAUUAGCAGAUUUUUUACACCACAAAUUCUUGUAUUAGCAGUAAUGUCACUGUGAAGUAUAAUGGAGAGGAACUGGGUCAGUUUUUUAUGUAAACAGACUUUAAUAUCCUUGAUGGAAGAAGAUGUGUAUUUAUUAUUCUCUUGAUACAACUUGUAUUUAUCAAACCUAGUUAAUAUAACAUAUAAUCUAAAUUUAACCACAGGCAACACUUUAUAUUUAGCUAUUUUAUGAUGGAUAUUGUUAGAUACAAUAUAAAUCGUAACAAUUACAUCAAAUAUCCGAGGGACAAACAUUGCUUUCUUAUGUAUUACAAGUUUUACGAGAGGAAACAAUCUAAUUUAAGAUCUUGUUUCUUGUAAUGAGAUAACAUGAUAUUUGUAAAGGUAUUAGCUUUCUGAGGUAAAUUAAUUAUAGGCAUCGCUUUUCAAUCAAAUUCUUUCUAUAAAUAGAUUUAAGUGGAUAUUCCUUAGAAAACCAGAUUUCCAUUAUUACAGAAAAACUCGUUAUUAUUUCUGCUUUAAUAUACUAAAUAUUUCAUGUCGUUGAAAAUAAUUUGAAAUGAAUAAUAAUCUAUGAAUAUAUCAAUAUCAGUGAUAUAACUUUCCAUAGCCACUCCAAAAUUACUGAAAUUUGUCUUGUUUUUUAUCGAUACUGGGAUAAAUUAAGCUAUAAUCAGAUUUUAAUUUCCUGAACAGUGUGAUCAGGUUUUAUAAAACUUAGACAUUUUUAUGGUUAUUGAAGUAUCAAAAGAUAUUUUAAUGUUAAGCUAUUUUAAUUGAAUUUCAGCAAGCAAGUACUUGAUGUUUCAUUGCUCAAAUAUUAUGGAUCUUAUAACAAAAAUUAUUUGACAAGAGUUUUAAAACAAGAUACUAUUAAAGCAGAUACAAAUGGAAAUUCCAGCAGUAUAUUGUUAUCAAAGGCCAACUUGAAACUUUUAAUGAUUACUGCUACUGUAGACAGAAUAGGGAUGUGUUAGUGUAAAAUUAGAUAUAUAUAUACCCCACCCCCAGCCCCUUUUUAAUUGAAAAUUCAAUUCAUGACUCUUUUUUUAUUAACUCCUAUAUAUCUAAUCAAUAGUUAAGAUAUAUACAAAUGCACAUUGUUGAAGGCUCUUUGGUUACCUUUAGUAUCAUAAUUUGGUAUGUAGUGGAUAUUUAUUGGCAUUUAUAUCACAGCUCAAUAUUGUGGAUCAAGGAUCUGUUUUUUUAGGUGGAUGGAGAAACAAUUGUAUGUUAACAUUUACACUUUUAUUGACAUAGUUUCAUUAUAAAAGAAAUUUGGAAUUUGAAGGUAAACAAUUGAUGCUAUACUCUGAAGCAUCAGGUUUUCAGUCCUUAAUUUAUAAAGGUUGAAUUAAAUUGUAGUCCAAGCUCUGUUAAUGGUCACAAUUGCUAACAACUGCCAUUAUAGCAAUUUAUAAUAUAUACAAAUUUACAUUUUAUUUGUUUCCUGUACUGUUAGUUUUAUAAUAUGAACAAUUUUUUUUAUCUUUGUUUAAAAUCUGGAAUAAGACUCAAAUUAAAUAAAAUUUGUUUUUUACAUAUAGUAGUAAAUUGUUAAUAAAGUCAUCACUAAUCUAAGUUAUAUUUGUUUCAUGUGGAAGUGUUAUUACAUUGGAACUGUUACCACUGCCGAAGAUUUUUGUUCUAUGUGGAAGUGUGUUUGUAUCAGAAGUGUUACCACUGCCCCAGCUUUUCACAUAUAUAAUUUUAUUCUGUUAUAUUUGUUUAAUUUGUUAUGUUAAUGUAGGUUAUAAAUAUUUUUUAUUCCAUUUUAUUACCACAUUGUUUCAAUGUAUACAAAGAUUUCCAUAAUUCCCAACCAUUUUUUACAAGAUGUGUUUUUUCAUAAUAAUUUAAAUUUUGGAACUCUUUAAGUAAUUUUGUGUUCAAUUAAUUGUAUGAAGUUCAAGAUUGCAAGUUGUGAGUUUGAAACUUAGUACAUUUGUAUUAUAUUUGUGUGUAAUUCUAAGCCGACCUUGGAAGGGCUGUAUAGCCAUUCUAGGUCGUUAAAAACUUUCCUUUGUUGUUGUGUAAUGCUCCUUUAUUUGACUGACUGUCAUGUAGGUGAAAUGUUUUGGGCUGUGCAAUAAGUGUCUGUAAAAAGUCAGGACAAUGACAGUCAGUCAUCUUUGGUUCUUACAUACUUUUUGUUUGGAAUAGCUAUGUAUUCCCAUUGGUCAGUCAAUCCUGUUUAUAUAUAUAUAAAAAGGUUGUGAUUAAUUAACAAUCAAAAAAAGCUUUUUCACAGUGACAGGUUUGUGUUUUCUAAAAGAGUGCUUCUGUGGAAUAUUUUACAAAUGGUUUAGAAUUAUGGACAGCUCCUAAUUACAAGUAGCAUGAAAACAUCUUUGAAAGAAAUACAGCAAACUUUUGGCCACAAGACUUAUUUAUAAGUGGUGAAUGUCAGAUAAAUUGUCUUUUGUUGACAUAAGGUUAAUUCUUAUCAUUGGAACAAUUUAUGGACAUUUUAUUGUUCCAUUCUACCCUCUUUAAUCGGAUAUUAUACUUUCAAUGAUGUUUUUAUAUUCCUUGUAUUUUUCUGUAUUUCUGCUUGUUAUUUUAAUUUAUUUGGUUAUUAUUGUUCAUUGGAAUGUUUUGUUGUUGUUUUAUCACAAAGUUUAUUUAUUGACAUUAUUUACCUAAUGUUGAGAAGAGAUUAUGUUUCUUGGCAAGAAUUUUCGUUGAAAUAUAAUACAGAGAGAAAUGUUUAAGAUGAAAAUGAUUUUCAGAGAAACAUUUAAAUUUAAUUUUGUUAUUAGUCAAGCAUCUAUUUCUAUAAUUUACAUUAUUUAGGUGCCAGUAAAAUUCUUGUUUUUGAAAGAAUUUUAUUUACUAAUGUUCAUAUUCCCUAAUGUAUCCAAACUACACAUGGCCUUGUUAGAAAUAAGUAAGGCUCCAUGCAGCUGUGUUAACAUGUCUACGUUCUAUGAAUAUCAAUGUUUUGAAAAUAAACAUGCAUUUAAAUCAUAAAUUGAUUGGCUGGAUUUUUAAAAUUUCUAUUUUUCUUGCUUCUUGAUUUUGGAUAUUUUAUUAUGUUCUGUUACAAAAGUCUGCAUGCUAGCCUAUGUAAAUUUGUACUUUGAUGAACAUUAGAGUUUGUGAAAUCCACUUGCAUUGGUAUCUGACAAAUAAUAAUGAAUCCACAGUAUUUGAAUAUUUGCUUUUUUAUUAAAACUGAUAUUGCUGAAUUAUUAGGGCUCACAUCAGCUGGUUUAACCUUAGAUUUCAUUAUGUUCAUCCUGAGAUAUUAUGUCAACAAGAGAUGCUUUUUUAUUAAGUUAUCCAGUUGCAUGGAAAUAAGUUAACAAAUGGAUGAGUUAUAAUGUAAACUUUUUUAAUGUGCUUCUGGUGUAUACAAUUUUAAUCCUGAUUUCUAGGUUGAAUUUAUUUACCAUUAUAUAGUUAUCUAAAAUAUGCAAAUAUGUUAUUUCUAUAUUUGUGAGGUGACCUGUGUCAUUAUUCUGUGGUUAUGUUGUCUCUACAUGUUUGUCUAUCAAUGUACAGCAAUUGUUAAUGGUGCCCACUUUGAACAAAUAUAAUAGAACAACUAGUUAGCUUUCUUCAUCAGAAUCAUCAUAACAUUGUAUCUUCACAUCAAUGAUCUGUUAAUGAGACAUAGGCAUGGAUAUUAUUAAUUAAUGCUAAAUUAUAUUGCUGUAGACCUAAAAUUAUUUGUUAAUCUAUAAAUAUAAGAUGUAAUAUAUUAUAUAAAUCACAUUAAAGAUGUUAAUUGCAAAGUGAA